AUGUCCACUAUGUUUGUGGUCUAUUUUUUGUGUCAGUUGUUUUUAUUCAUUGUUGUUGCGUUAUUUGUGGAAGUCAACCUGAACCGGUACGUACGUGAGAAAAGAAAAAAAAAACCAUCCGCACGCACGACCGUGCCUCCCGAUCCCAUCUCAACCUGGAGCCCGCCGCCGCCUCCUCUCACGUCCCGCCCCGCCUCACCGUGCGCCGCCGGCCGCCGCCGGCCGCCGCCGCGCGCCGCCGCCGUCGCCUACCUCGCCGGUGCGCCUACCCCUACCUCAGGUGCCCCCACACCCGCGACCUUCCCCUGUCGGUUACCCGCGGCCUUCCGCCGCCAGCGACGCUCGACGCCGCGGCCGUUGGUGGAUCCGCCGGGUCUCCUCCAUGCUGCUUCCACCUCGACAAUGGUUUCUCCAACCACGCCGGCUUCGCCACUAGCCACUCCUUCCCCCACCAACAUGCCGCCCUCCAAGUGGACCCCCUUCUCCGGUAAGAUCCCCUCCCAGAGCAGGACGGCGAGUACGGCCCAGCCCCACCCGCGCACGCUGCCGCCCCAUCCGUCGUGGCGCCACCUUCCCCCUUCUCAUGUAGAGCAGGCGACAAGUCCAUCCGUCAUGAAAGAGACCAUUACAUGGAUAUGAAUGGAGGUAAUUUUAUAAUGCAA